CAACAACAACAACAACAACAACAACAACAACAACGUCAUCAAGUGCAGCCUAGACAACCAUUGUCAACCAUUAACUGCUCUCAUGUUGAGAGAAAAAGACCGUACGAACCUUUAAACAGUUCGGCAUACAACUCAGCCAAGGCAAAGAGGACGUUGUCGUUGCCCUCCUACUCACAUAUUCAAAACAUACAGCAAGCUGAUCGUGCCAAUACAGCCACUAGGUAUAAUAGAGAAAACGUUGAAAAUAGAUUCAAGCUGGCGCCGUUCUUUCAGGAAAAGGCAGUUUAUGAUAGUGGGAAAAAGAGACCAAAAUAUUCUUCUGCAACUACUCCUUUGUCUCAAAGCAAACCUAGCUCAACUCCAUCUCAGUUGAUCACUCAGAGAGCUGUCCGUACCAGGUCCAUGUUCACAAACACACCCAUUAUGGUUUCUUCGCCAAUCAACGAAGAAGAGUACUCGUCAGAUGACCCUGAAUACAAAGCCAAUCAUGAUAACGAUGAUAGUAUCGAGGAAGGUGAAGAAGAAGAAGGGGGGGAGGAGGAGGAGGAAGAAGAAGAUGAUGAUGAGGAUUACAAUGCUACUUCGCCGUACACGCCUCAACAACCGCCAUAUGUGAGCAAAGAAACCCCACCAGAAUUACCCGAGGAUUUGGACAGCAAGCGCACUCAUACAAUAACUAGUGCAAAAUUACCCAAAAAUCAUGGAUUGGUCUGCAUAAACUCUUGCUGCCAAACGCAGUCGUCAAUUGCAUGGAAAUACUUUGAAACUGAGUACAAGCCGCAUUUUUCAGCUCUUAUACGAGCUACAGAGUUUGACAAGAAACAUUAUGAAGGUAUGCUUGGUCCUUUAUGUAAUGCGUGCUUUCUUUUUUACAAAAAUAAAGGUUUUAUGAGACCUGAGCAUGUUGUGAGGAAAUACAAUCAACAACAGCGAUACACGCAAAAGUUGAAAAUGAAGAACUCCAAGGAGGACGAUACCGAUAAUGCCAAGCAGUCGUCGUUGUCGUUGUCGUCUACGUCACUCAAUGAUGUUGCUAAUAAAAGAGCGUUCCAUUCUUCGCCUAAAACUUUCCCAACUCCAUCGCAUACGCCGUCCGCAAUUAAUCAAGUGAUACAAAAUAAGUACCACAGUGGUCAAAAUUAUAAUCAACAGCAGCAACAGCAGCAACAGCAGCAACAGCAGCAACAGCAGCAACAGCAGCAGUACAGUCAUCAUUUCAAUCCGUUACCAUCGGGGCAAACACCCGACUAUCAUGAUCUACUACAUCAACUCAAUGUGUAUGGUGGUCCAUCUACAGAUAUCGAUCCAUUACCUGGUGCCACGCCGCCAAUGCUCGCGACAAAGUCCAAUACUAGGAUUAUAAAUGUUGCAGAUACUGAUGCCAAGCGUGCGGCCAGACAAAACACGACAAUUAUUGGUUACUGCGAGGGGGAAGAUAAGGAAAAUUGUCCACCACAAGAGCCAGUGACGAAUAAAGAAAUAGCUGAAUUUGACGCCAUGUUACAAUCUAUUCACGACGAUUCAAACUCAACGUGGAUGAAUUUCUUCACUGAUCCCGUGAGAAAAGAUGGGAAUAGUCCCAAUUCCAAAACUCCAGUUGACCAAAACCCAAUAACACAAAUGAAGAAAUCAUCAUUCACCAACUCUCCUUCACAUGCAUCGCACAAACAACUGUCAAUGACAAACAUGCCUAGUUCGCCCUACCUUUCAGCUCAGUCGCAGAAUGACAACAAUCAGAAUGAACUAGAUGAUGUGUUGGGUAAUGCAACAGUAUUCAAGCAGGGAGACGAUGCAGUAUCAGAAAGAGCACGAGAAGUAGGAGGAGGAUCCUCACCGCAACAUGCCAGUAGAACAGAUACUGCGAACCUGUUGAUGAAUUGGCAGCACAACACGACUACUAACUCGGUGUUGAAAGAUUUGGGAUCUACACCCAAUACGGAUUUUUAUUCGACUGCCGAUCAUGAAGAAGACAAGUUUGAUGGAAGUAGGAGUCUUGAUUUGAGUGCCGAAAAUGUACAUACUAGUUGA